UUAUUUUUCUCUCUCUAGAAAGAAAAAGAAAAAGUCUGUAGUUAACGAGUGACUCGGGCGAUGACCGGAGAGUUGACUCGUUGGGAGUCCGACGGAGAGAGCUUGUCGAAGAGCUUAGAACGUGACGAGAUUUUUGAGUAUUUAUCUGAAGGCUUUUGCCGUCAGUGCAAGUCUCUUCUCCAAACUCGUAUCCACUCCCUCGUCAACCAAAAGGUGCGUGAGCGUGAAAUAACACCCAAGUCAAAUAAUGGUGACAUUGAUGGUUCAAGAUUUUUGAAUAAGCAAAGGCAGGAGACUCGUUUUACUCAAAUGCCUGACUCUUCUUCAUGGAGAAAAGGAUCCAACUCUCAGUCUUAUGAACUGAGUAAUGGACGUGACAGUGAGGAGGAGCAAAAUGAGCAUGUCAGAGUAUCACAAGUUGUGAGGGAAAAGGAGUUUGUUUAUUUUGAGCGGAUAAAUGGGAAACCAACAAAUGUGCUUCAAGGCCUAGAGCUUCAUACCGGGGUUUUUAAUGCCGAGGAACAGAGGAAGAUUGUGGAAUGCGUCUAUGAUUUCCAAACUAUGGGCCAAAGGGGACAGCUAAGAGAGCGUACUUAUUCAGAACCAAGAAAGUGGAUGCGUGGUAAGGGGCGUGUCACUAUUCAAUUUGGUUGUUGUUACAAUUACGCAGUGGAUAAAAAUGGGAACCCUCCAGGCAUAGUAAGAGAUGAAGAAGUGGAUCCUCUACCAUCCUUGUUUAAGAAAAUGAUCAAAAGAAUGGUUAGGUGGCAUGUUUUACCUCCAUCAUGCAUACCUAACAGUUGUAUCGUAAAUAUUUAUGAAGAAGGAGAUUGCAUUCCGCCUCACAUUGACCAUCAUGACUUUGUCCGACCAUUUUGCACAGUUUCAUUUUUGACUGAAUGCAAUAUACUUUUUGGCUCAAAUCUGAAGAUUUUGAGUCCAGGGGAGUUUUGGGGACCUUUCUCUAUGCCAUUGCCUGUAGGAUCAGUGUUGGUUCUAAAUGGUAAUGGAGCUGAUAUUGCUAAACACUGUGUUCCAGCUGUCCCAGCAAAAAGGAUAUCCAUAACAUUUAGGAAAAUGGAUGAUAGCAAAAUGCCAUACAGAUUUUUGUUGGACCCCGAAUUGGAUGGGAUUAAUCCUCUUGACUAUUCUUUGGCAAAUCACCGGAAAGUGCACUACAACGACAAAUCUACCCGUCGUGAAUAUGAACCUGUGAGAGCAAGGAGCAACAACUCCUUUGUCAUUGAGAAAGAUGAUUUUCCUCCUCUUGGCAGCUCAAGAGCUGCCAUGAAUGGAUUGAGAGUCAGCAAAGACAGAUCAAGGCAACGAAAAUUUUGAAAGUUAGUGGUUACUAGAUCAAAUUUGUUGUUGUAUCAGGAAGAGUGCAAUUUGUUUGGUUCAAGUUAUAUAUUUUUUGUGUGGCCAUGUAACAUUCUAAGAUACUUGAAUUUUGAUACAUUUUUUAGAACUCAAUAAUAAUAAAUGCAUGUCUAUUUUUAUCCACCAUCGGCAGUC